CUCCCCACAGAAAGAUAAAAUGGCCGUGCGUGGGGUUUAUUUCAGCCAAAUACCAAACAGCAGCUUGCUGUAGAUUAUACUCAGUAAAGGGUAUUUAUGUUUCUUGCGGAGUGGUAAUGAAAAACGCAUGAGGAUUUUAUUGUAUAAUUGUGCCUAAAUCCCUUUCGCAGUUAGCUUUGAGAGCUUAUUAAAAUUGCUUGAUUAUCUUGAGUUUUUGUUAAGCUGUCGAUUGGUCUUGUAGACGUGUUGGAAGUGUUCUAAGUCAAAAUCGCGCGAAUUAUUUUAUUCCAUUGUAUUAAGAUUUUUGUCUCUAAUGCAGCUAGAUAAGUGCUGAAACUAGGUCAUAUAAAAUUACAGUUUGACGUUAACGCUUCAAAAAGUGCUCGAGACGCCAGCGGGCUGAAGCCAGGCUGUUACAGCUAGAUAAGCGCCAGCGAACCUGCGCUGUGACUGCCGGUAUAAACUGGAAAGGCCUGUCCAGCAAACCCCCAGAAAGCAUCAGCAGGUAUCCCAUUCCCUACAAGAAGGACCUACCUUACGACAUCGUCGAGCUGAUGGAGGAGGUGGAGACAAAGGGAGGUUUCCUGCCCAAUGUUUUCAAGGUGCUGGCACACCGGCCCUCGGAGUUCCGCGCUUUCUUUGCUUAUUACAACGCACUGAUGAACAAAGACACAGGCCGGCUGACGAAGGCGGACCGGGAGCUGAUCGUGGUGGCCAGCAGCAUUCACAACCGCUGCCUGUAUUGUGUGGUUUCCCACAGUGCACUGCACCGCAUCUACUCCAAGAACCCCACCCUGGCUGACCAGGUGAUCGUGAACUACGAGACGGCGGAGCUUGACCCCCGCCAGCACGCCAUGCUGGACUUUGCCCUGGCCGUGUGCCGCUCCGACACCAUCACCGACGAGGACUUCCAGCGGCUGGAGGCCCACGGCUUCGACCGCGAAGACGCCUGGGACAUCGGCGCCAUCGCCGCCUUCUUCGCCAUGUCCAACCGGCUGGCUCACGUCACCGGCAUGCGGCCCAACGCCGAGUUCUAUGGCAUGGGCCGGACGCCGCGGGACAAGGCCCAGAGCGGCCAGGAGGACUCCGCGUAGCUAGCAGUGCCGUAUGCGGAUUCACACCACGCUGGGGGACUUUGGGUUCGGUCCCGAUCCAGUUUACAUGUAAACUCCGCGCGAUGGCCUUGAUUUGAAUGUAGAUCCGACUUGCUUGAAAUUAGCAAUGAUCCGGCUUGGUGCCGAGUUUUUCCCAGCCAAGGAUGACCUGAGAGUAUGAAGAUACUUGCUGGCCUUAGAAUUUACUGUAGAAAGUGUUUGUGUCUCCAUAAUACUGUAGAUUACUUUAAGAUUGUAAUAUGUAACAUACAGUAUGUAAUAUAUCAGAAAUGCUAAUUUUUAAUGACAAAGUAUAUGGAAAUUUAGUAAUUUUGUACACUUUGAAGUUAAACGUCACCGUGAUGCUAUAAUUUUAUUCUGGUGAGAUUAAAAGUGAAGUAUCUGAGUGUGAUUUGAGUAAAAGUUACAGUUUGUCCUCUUUAAUUCUGUAAGAUGACUGAUAUUCUCUCACACUCCUUUCUUUUCUUUUUUUUGUCUAAGGAGACGCUAUGCACUAUUUAUAUGUAAAGUAACACCAGUUUUGUUAAUUUAAAUAUAUUGUUAAAUAAAUAUGAUCUUUGCAAGUUUC